CUUUCGUUUUAGCUUAAAGACUGAAAAAGUGAGAUAUGGAGGAAGAGAAGAUGUACAGAAGUAGGACAAGCAUGAAAGACAUAUUUAAUAGAAAAUGUGCAAAUGAGCAAUCAGGUGAUUCACAUGAUCUGAGGAUUGUGUUAACGGGAGUCUGUGGAGCUGGAAAGAGUUCAACUGGAAAUGCAAUACUGGGUCGAGAGGCAUUUAAAGAGAGCAGAACCAGAGAGAGUGAGAUACAGAGAGGAAGAGUAGAAGACAGAAACAUCUCCAUCAUCGACACUCCAGGAUUCUUCAACACUCAACUGACUGAUGAAGAGAUGAAGAAGCAGAUGAUGAAGAGUCUUUAUCUCUCUGAUCCUGGUCCUCACGUCUUCCUGCUCGUUAUCAACCUGGAGAACUUUGAGGAGGAGCAGAGGAACCUAGUGGAGCAAAUUCAGGAGAACUUUGGAGCUCAAGCUUUUAAGUUCACCCUAGUACUGUUUACUGGGAGAGAAAAAAUGACAAACAGAGAAUGGAUGUCCUUUAUGAAUAGUAGUACAUUUGAAGACAUAGUCAGUCACUGCAGAGGUAAAUAUCAUUUCAUCAACAGUAAAAGUGAGAUUAUUCCAUCUCACAUCACAAAGCUUCUGGAGAAGAUUGAUGAAAUUGUCAAAAAGAAUGAUGGCCAGCAUUACAAUAAUGAUAUUUACUCAGUUUCUCGAACAAAGAGCAGAAAAGAAAAUAGAAAACCAGAGGAAGAAAAGGACAAAAGAAAAGAGCAAAAGAAUGAGAUGAGACAAGCUCAAAUAAAAACAGUGCAGGAAACAUUUGAAAUGGACAGUGUGAUGACAGAGAGAAUCGAAAAGGAACGUUUUAUUUUUCCGUUGAGAGAAACAGAUUUGAGAAUGUCUGAAGAGCACAUUGUUGAAGGGAAGGUGAUGGCUCGUACACCGUCAGUAAGAUCACUGGCAGUCUUAUUUGAAACAAUGGAGACACAAAAUACAGUCCAGACACCAAAAGCUGGAAGAACAAGGAUAAUAUGGGGCCGGAAGAAGCAACAGACAACAACAGAACAACAAUUGACCAAAGCAGUAUCUUCAAUCAUGUCAGAUCUCAGGAUUGUGAUGGUUGGGAAAACUGGAGCUGGAAAAAGUGCCACAGGAAACACCAUUCUGGGACAAAAAGCAUUUAAAGACGAACAGUGUGAUCAUUCUGUGACGAAAGUAUGCCGACCACAUCAACAGACGGUAGAAGGUCGAAACAUCUCAGUGAUCGACACUCCAGGACUGUGUGAUACUUCCCUCAGUGAAGAACAACUGAAGGAGGAAAUAGUGAAGUGUGUGGAGAUGUCUGUUCCUGGUCCACAUGUGUUUCUGCUGGUCAUCAGACCGGAUGUGAGAUUCACAGAUGAGGAGAAAAACACUGUGAAAUGGAUUCAGGAGAACUUUGGAGAAAAAGCUUCACAUUACACCAUUGUUCUGUUCACCAGAGGAGAUCAGUUAAAAACACCUAUAGAGGAGUAUCUGACAAAAAACCACCAGACUGAUGAGCUAGUCAAACAGUGUAAAGGCGGUUGUCAUGUGUUCAAUAACACAGAUGAAGAAAAUCGAUCACAGGUCACUGAACUGCUGGAGAAGAUAGAGAGAAUGGUGAAGGAGAAUGGUGGAGAGCAUUACACAAAUGAGAUGUAUAAGAAAGCCCAGAAAAAGAUAAUGCUGAAGAAGGCUCAAGACGCAGCUUUAGUGGGCGCGAGUGUAGCAGGAGUAGGAGCAGCAGUAGCUGGAGGUGCAUUACUGGUCGCUGCCACUGGUGGAGUGGCUCUGCCUGUAGCUUUAAUAGCAGGAGGAGCAGCUCUAACAGGAGGAACCGGUGCAAAAGUUAUUGUAGAUAAAGUUAAAAAGUAAAAGGUUGAGUUCACUUUGAAAA